UAGGUGAUCUGUGUCUCUUUCUCGGUCCGCCACGCCAGCAGAACAAGUACGUCCUAUUGAAACGACAUCUCUCUUUUUCUGACCUUGAGAGAGAAAGGGAGAGGAACAGAAGCAUAUGAAAACGAUGGAAUUUUCUGUUAUGUUUCGUAAAUUCUUCUUCUUCAGGAGAGGAACAUAACAUAGUUGGGGGGGGGGAAAUGAGGACUUGACUUCCUGCUGAAGCCGCAGAAUGCACAGGAAACAACAUAUAUAAAGAAAGAGCAGGAAAAAAAAACAACCCAAAAACCGAAACUUUUCUUUGUGCAGACAUAAUUCAUCUUUUUCUGUCGUUUCAAGAAUUGGGGUUUUUCUCAUUUAGUCAAAGUUGAAUUUAUUUGGGUUCAAAAUUGAAUCUUGAACCAUUUUGGGAAAAGAAGGAGAAUUGGGUAUUUAGCUAAAUUGAGAAGAGAGGUUUUUGAAUUGGUUUUCUGAUUUCCUGUGGCUUUUAUUGAUUGGAGUUGGAUUUGGAGCUGUCCCCACUCACGAGAAUUGGGGUUUUUCUCAUUUAGUCAAAGUUGAAUUUAUUUGGGUUCAAAAUUGAAUCUUGAACCAUUUUGGGAAAAGAAGGAGAAUUGGGUAUUUAGCUAAAUUGAGAAGAGAGGUUUUUGAAUUGGUUUUCUGAUUUCCUGUGGCUUUUAUUGAUUGGAGUUGGAUUUGGAGCUGUCCCCACUCACGAGAAUUCUUGAAAACACAAGAGAGACAGAGAGCAAAUUUUUGUUUUAGAUUUAUACGGCUGGUGUUCUUGAACUGUUCCAAUUCCAGUUUUGACUUUUGGUAAAAAAAAUUGCAGAAGUAAAAUCAUUUUGGAAGUUAAUCAGUUCUUUGAUUGAGUGUUCAUUUUGGUUGAUUAGAAAGGUUGGGUGGCUGGAUGUUAUGUAUUAGGUUUGCAUCUUCUUGAAUCAUAUUUGUAUUGAAGAUGGCUUCAGGGAUGGGGCUAGAUAAAGACAGUGGGGAAACUAAAGGAGGCAUGUGGGAUUUAGACCAAAAGCUUGAUCAGCCUAUGGAUGAAGAGGCAGGAAGACUAAGAAAUAUGUAUAGAGAAAAGGUAGGAUGUGGCUUUUCUUUUAGUACUUUCUCGUCAUUGUUGCUUCUGCGGCUUGCUUUUCAGAGUCUGGGAGUGGUUUAUGGAGACUUGGGGACGUCUCCUUUGUAUGUGUUCUACAAUAUAUUUCCCCAUGGAAUUGAUGAUCCAGAGGAUGUCAUUGGUGCACUUUCACUGAUUAUAUAUUCCCUCACACUUAUCCCUCUCCUCAAAUAUGUUUUCAUAGUUUGUAAAGCAAACGAUAAUGGCCAAGGUGGGACUUUUGCUCUUUAUUCUUUGUUAUGUCGCCAUGCUAAGAUAAAGACAAUUCCCAACCAACACCGGACAGAUGAAGAGCUGACAACUUAUAGUCGCACCACGUUCCAUGAGCACUCAUUUGCUGCAAAAACAAAAAGAUGGUUGGAGGCAUAUCCGUUCAGGAAGAACUCGCUUCUUAUUCUUGUAGUUAUUGGCACUUGCAUGGUAAUAGGUGAUGGAAUUCUUACUCCGGCUAUAUCAGUUCUUUCAGCUUCUGGUGGGAUCAAGGUGGACCAUCCAAAAAUGAGUAAUGAUGUUGUAGUAAUUGUUGCUGUCAUUAUAUUAGUUGGUUUAUUUAGUGUACAACACUAUGGCACAGACAGGGUUGGUUGGCUGUUUGCUCCAGUUGUGUUGCUUUGGUUUCUUUUAGUAGGAGGUAUUGGCAUCUUCAACAUCUGGAAAUAUGAUAGCUCUGUUUUGAGGGCCUUUUCUCCUGUGUACAUAUAUAGAUAUUUUAGGAGGAGAAAGAAAGACGGUUGGACCUCCCUGGGAGGAAUAAUGCUCAGCAUCACAGGAACAGAGGCACUUUUUGCUGAUCUUGCUCAUUUUCCAGUGUCAGCAAUACAGCUUGCUUUCACAGUCAUUGUUUUCCCUUGCCUUCUUUUAACAUAUACGGGGCAAGCAGCAUACCUCAUGCAAAAUAAGGAACAUGUUGUCGAUGCAUUCUACCGUUCUAUUCCAGAUAGCAUAUACUGGCCAGUUUUUAUUGUUGCAACAUUAGCUGCUAUCGUUGCAAGUCAAGCAACAAUUACCGCUACGUUUUCUAUAAUCAAGCAAGCUCUGGCACAUGGCUGUUUCCCAAGAGUCAAGGUAGUACAUACAUCAAAGAAGUUCCUCGGCCAGAUAUACAUUCCUGAUAUAAAUUGGAUCCUUAUGGUUCUUUGCAUCGCUGUGACUGCUGGAUUCAGAAAUCAAAGCCAAAUUGGCAACGCAUAUGGAACGGCAGUCGUGAUAGUCAUGUUGGUGACGACGUUCCUCAUGACCUUAAUAAUGUCACUAGUUUGGCGCUGCCACUGGGUUAUUGUCCUUGUCUUCACCGUCUUAUCUCUGGUGGUUGAAUGUACCUACUUCUCCGCGGUGCUAUUUAAAGUUGAUCAGGGUGGUUGGGUUCCACUUGUGAUUGCUGCUGCUUUUUUUGUCAUCAUGUAUGUCUGGCAUUAUGGAACUGUGAAACGUUAUGAAUUUGAAAUGCACAGCAAGGUAUCAAUGGCAUGGAUUCUUGGGCUUGGCCCCAGCUUAGGACUUGUACGUGUCCCAGGGAUAGGACUUGUCUACACCGAGCUAGCUAGUGGAGUGCCACAUAUCUUUUCUCACUUCAUCACAAAUCUGCCAGCUGUACAUUCAGUUGUAGUAUUUGUCUGUGUGAAGUAUCUUCCAGUUUAUACAGUUCCAGAAGACGAGAGGUUCCUCAUGAAGCGCAUAGGACCCAAGAGUUUUCACAUGUUCCGUUGUGUUGCGAGGUAUGGUUACAAAGACCUCCAUAAGAAAGAUGAGGAGUUUGAGAGAAAGCUAUUUGACAACCUCUUCCUGUUUGUCCGGCUGGAGAAUAUGAUGGAAGGCUGCUCUGACUCUGAUGAAUACAGCUUAUACGGACAGCAAACUCAGCAUUCAACGGAUUUCCUACUGCGAAGUAAUGGCAACUUAACUACAGGAAGUAAUGACUUCACAUGUUCGACAGUGGACUCAAUAAUUCCUGUACAAUCUCCUACUCAAGGGAACAACAACACAGUCACAUCAUCAGGCCGUGAGAGCAGCCAGGCAGAAACGGAUGAAAUGGAAUUCUUAAAUCGUUGUAGAGAUGCUGGGGUUGUACACAUUCUUGGAAAUACUGUAGUUAGAGCAAGGAGGGACUCUAGGUUCUACAAGAAAAUUGCUAUCGACUAUAUAUACGCGUUUCUUAGGAAAAUAUGCAGGGAAAAUAGUGUAAUCUUCAAUGUCCCUCAUGAGAGCCUGUUAAACGUUGGACAGAUAUUCUAUGUAUAAUUUUUUUGUUUAAACAAAUGAACGAUCUAAUCGAAGGAUAUUAUCGAUCUA